AUGUCGGUCGAUGAGCAGCACACCGCCGUAAGCGACGUCGGCGAGAGAGACGCGAUUCCCACCGUCGAAAGUAACGUUGCCGCGAGAGACGCGAUUGUCGCCGGUGCCGAGCCCUCGCCGAACCGGUGUCAACCGCCGUUCGAGGCGACAGCCUUGACGGACGACGUCCUGUCAGUCGCCGUGGACGACGACAACGACGAGGGCUCCAGCGAAGGGUUUGGCGAAGGAUGCAGCUACGGCUUCGUUCGCCUGGGCGGAGGCAGCGAAGUAGGCGAAGGAGGCGACGUAGCAGAAGAAGAAUUCGUGUUAGACGUGGACCAGCUGUUCAACGACGACUCGGCGUCGGACGACAAAUCGUUCACCUUGGUCUAUCACUCGUCGGACCGAAAGAAAACGGCUAACGUAACGGCCGCCCGUAAAGACGGUCGCCGACGCCGCCAACGUGCCGGCCAAAGUAAUACUCGGAAUAAAAUGCGGUCGCGCAGCAGGAGCGAUCACCGUAACGGCGGCAGUGGCGGCGACGACGAGAACACGGUCGCGCGGCACCGCAAACGCCGCGUGCGGUUCGUCGGAGUGACAAACGUCAAACCGGAUAGCCGGCAGCGCACGAAUUAUCGGGGCGCGUCGCCCGCGGCCGACCGAAAACGCGAUCGCGAACGCCAACCAGCGCGUUCGGACCGACCGGGCAGGAAUAACGCGUCGUCGUCCGGUGGCGCUGGCCGAAAAAACCGAAAAUAG